GAAACGCAUGAGUUCCACGCCAUUUAAGAGCAUGCAGGCUACACUUUAUCACAUUGCAGCCAGUGUUUACUAGAUGCGCGCCAGGUUCUUCUCAGAGCACCAGGCUUCCACAUAAGUAGGCCAAACGUGGAAGUGCUCCGUGUCUGGGACAAAAGCUAUUAUUCGGCCGUGCAUUCACUAAAGUCUCUUUUCUGAAUUUCAACAUCCAGAGCAAAAUCCCAGUCAGCAACCUCCCGACAAUCCCACAGAUUGAUGAUGUAAACCGACCAAUCGCACUGAUGCUGAGGCAUGGCGGGCUGUUAUUUGGUGAGUGAAUGUUAGUAGGGGGAGAGCGCCCUCUCCAAUGAUGGCCCAAGCUCGGGGUCACGUGCUGCCCCCCUCCUUCCCCAUUCAUCAGGGGUGGACUGUGUUGUCUUUUCAAUUCAUUUAUCUGCAGGAAUGAUUGCGACUAUCAGUCUGAAGCUCACUGCCUGACUGAGGAGGUGAAAGUUGCGCCACAGGAAGAUAAACCGCAAAAGACAAUAUCGCACAUGAUUUGCGUGCUCAUCGGAUGAGCAGGAGAGAGAAAUUCCUCUCCACCAAAAGUAAAUAGGAAUAGGGGAUCGGAGUUUGCUUUGCACAGACUUAAGUCAGAGAAAUAGCACGCAUAGACAGUUGUUAAGAGAUUCUUCCUCUCUCAGUCUCCUCCGCUGCAGACUGAAGAUGCUCUUGGACGCGGGACCACAGUAUCCCACCAUUGGAGUGACUACUUUCGGCUCCACCAGGCAUCACUCAACAGGCGAAGUUACAGACAGAGAAGUGGCUUUGGGUAUCAACCCGUUCGCCGACGGUAUGGGCGCUUUUAAAAUCAACCACAGCUCCCACGACCUCGGUUCUGGGCAAACGGCGUUUUCCUCGCAAGCGCCCGGUUACGCCGCCGCCGCUGCCUUGGGACACCAUCAUCACCCCACUCAUGUCAGCUCGUACUCCACCGCCGCCUUCAACUCCACUCGGGACUUUCUCUUUCGCAAUCGGGGGUUCGGAGACGCCACGAGCGCGCAGCACAGUCUGUUCGCCUCCGCCGCUGGAAGUUUCGCCGGACCACAUGGACACUCCGACGCCGCUGGGCACCUGCUCUUCCCGGGACUGCACGAGCAAGCGGCCACGCACGCGUCUUCCAACGUGGUUAACAGUCAGAUGCGCCUGGGCUUUUCCGGGGACAUGUACGGCAGGGCCGAGCAAUACGGUCACGUCGCGAGCCCCAGAUCCGAGCAUUACGCCUCGACGCAGUUGCACGGCUAUGGCCCCAUGAACAUGAAUAUGGCUGCCCAUCACGGGGCUGGGGCCUUCUUUCGGUACAUGAGACAGCCCAUAAAGCAAGAGCUCAUCUGCAAAUGGGUAGAACCGGAGCAGCUAACGAAUCCGAAAAAGUCCUGCAACAAAACUUUCAGCACCAUGCACGAGCUCGUGACCCACCUGACGGUGGAGCACGUUGGGGGACCAGAGCAGUCGAAUCACAUUUGCUUUUGGGAAGAAUGUCCCCGGGAAGGGAAACCGUUUAAAGCAAAGUAUAAACUUGUGAAUCAUAUCAGAGUGCACACCGGAGAGAAACCGUUUCCGUGUCCGUUCCCCGGAUGUGGAAAAGUAUUUGCCCGAUCGGAAAAUCUGAAAAUCCAUAAAAGAACACACACCGGUGAAAAACCGUUCAAGUGUGAGUUUGAAGGCUGUGACAGACGCUUUGCGAACAGCAGUGAUCGUAAGAAACACAUGCACGUCCAUACCUCCGACAAACCUUAUCUCUGCAAAAUGUGUGACAAAUCCUACACACACCCCAGCUCCCUCCGGAAACACAUGAAGGUUCACGAGUCAUCGACUCAAGGACCCCAGCCCUCCCCGGCAGCCAGCUCCGGCUACGAGUCCUCCACGCCGCCCACCAUCGUGUCCCCUUCCACAGAAAACCAGAGCAGCAGUUCCAUAUCACCAGCAUCAUCCACAGUUCACCACACGAGCAGCCACAGCACUCUUUCGUCAAAUUUUAAUGAAUGGUACGUGUAAAUAUUUUCAAAAGACUGCAGAAUUAAGACUGCUUUGGAACCAAGACUCAAAAGUCAGCCUAUUCUCGCGUGGACCUACAUAUACACACAAUGUGAAGAAUCCGAGAGAGAGCAGUGCAUGGACGGGGUGUGCAACGCUCUUGACAGCCUUUUUGUCCUCCAUUUCUUUUGCUCUUUUUAAUUUCUUAAUUUCUUUCCCUUCUCUCUCUCUCUCUCUCUCUCUCUCUUUUAUUUUUAUUUUUUAUUUUUUUACUUCUUCAUAUUCUCGGAAGACUGCACAGAGAACUUCAAUUGCAUGCUACCAGCAGGUCGCAGCCUGUUUUUUUUUUUUUUUUUUUUUUUUUUUUUUCUUCAUUUUUUUCCUUUUUUGUAUAUAAAAACUGACCUAGUUUCAAAUGUAAUAUUUUAUUUUGUAAAUAGUCACAAUUACAGUUUAAGGGAAUUUGUGAAAAUAAUAAUAAUAAUAAUAAUAAUAAUAAUGUGGUCCCUAGAUAUAUGGAAAAUGAGAUGGUUUUACAAAUAUUGCGAUGAAUAGUCUUGACUGAAAAGAAUGUUAUAGUUUAUGUGUACCAAAUGUGAAUUACCCAGUAUUACCACAGUCUACACGUUUACCUAACCGAUUAGUAUUAAUGUGCUUUUGUAUCCAGUGCAACAUUUCGUCUCCAGUCCAGUCUGAGUAGCACACAGUUGUUGUUAUUUAAUGUCAUGUCGAUAAACCGUGUAGUGAAAGCCUGAAGUUCCGUGUCAAUCUUGUUUAUGUAAGUGAUGAAAUAUAAAACUAUCUGUCUAUUG